UCAAGUGUUUCAUCAUUGUGCAUGAUUUGGAUUGAUAUUUUAUCAACAACCUCGAACAUAAAAACAUACACACGCAUUCAAGGGUGUGGCCUAGUGGUCAAUGAAGUGGGUUAAGAAUCAUGAAGUCAGGUUCAAACCCCAACUGAGACAAAAAACCACUAGGUGUUUUUUUCGAUCUGUUCUAGCCUUGGUGAACAGAGUUACAUGUUGCUGGUAGGAGGUGCAGGUAUCCGAAUUAGACGAGGUGCGCGAAAGAUGGCUCGGAGACCACGAUCAUCAAUAAAAAAGACACGCAUAUAUAUGUUGAUACAAAUAAAUAAUUUACUUUAUAUCCUAGCCGUUUAUAAUUAUUGCGUCUUUGCUGUAAUUAAUUAUUUAUACUUUUACUUAUUAGGAAAAAUCCUUUAAUAAAUGUCGUUUGGCACAUAGAAGACAAAACCUAUUUCUUCUUUCUCUCCGCCGUUGGACCCCCAGUUUCUGCAACUAGGGUUUUUGCUUCUCGUCUGCAUUUCUAUUUCUCCUUCUCUAUAAAGUUUUCUCAACAAAAGAAAGGCAAAAAGGUUUAAGCCUUACCUUUGUAUAAGUUUCUGGGUCUUGAGUCUUGAUUCUUUGAGUAUUGGAGCAGUGAGAACGUCAAAGAAUUGAUGGAAAAGACUAAACCAGGGGAAAAGGGCCUUGAUUCUUACCCUAUCAAGGGUACCAAUGAAAUCGUAAGAGUUGGUGAUUGUGUGUUGAUGAGAGCAUCCGAUUCUGAUAAGCCCCCGUAUGUGGCAAAAGUGUAUAAAAUUGUGGGGGACCACCGUAACAAUGCGAAGGUCCGAGUUCGGUGGUACUACCGCCCCGAGGAGGCUAUUGGUGGACGCAGACAGUUCCAUGGGGCUAAAGAGCUGUUCUUGUCAGAUCACUAUGAUUUCCAGAGUGCACACACAAUUGAAGGGAAAUGCAUUGUGCACACUUUCGGAAACUACACCAAGCUGGAGAAUGUGGGCCCUGAGGAUUACUUUUGUAGGUUCGACUACAAAGCUGCCACAGGAGGGUUUUAUCCUGACCGUGUUCCUGUGUAUUGCAAGUGUGAGAUGCCCUAUAACCCGGACGAUCUCAUGGUACAAUGUGAAACAUGUAAAGACUGGUUCCAUCCUACCUGUAUGAGUAUGACCAUUGAAGAAGCAAAGAAAUUAGACCCUUUCUUGUGUUCUCUCUGUUCAUCGAAAGAUGCUGACAAACGACCUUUGAACUCGUUUCAUGUUGAGCCAAAGAGAUGGGAUGGUAAUGAUUGCUUUCUUACAGUAAUGAACGGUAUUUGUUUGUGAUAGAGAUGGGAUGAUGGUAAUGAUUGAUUUCUUACACUAUGUUCUUAUAUGAAGCUGGUUGUUGGGAUCUUUUAGUUACGUCAAAAGAGAGUGACGGGCUCGGUAAGAAGGGGAGAAUUGCAUGUUUAGUCUCGUGAUUUCUGAUAGUAUGUCAGAUUCCUUCACCGUAAAGGAAAGAGAGAAGGUUAGGACUGAGCAAAGGAUCUGCUUAGGUCUAUGAUGAUACCUAAUGUAUGAGACUGAUGAUAAAAUCAAUUGACUAAUGACCAAUCUAAGGUGCUAUCCAGUCAUUGGAUUGCUUGCAUUUUGAUAGUUUGUCCGUCACUCCCUAGUUGAAAAGAAUUCCAUAGUUACAUGGAUAUGAAGGAAAAUGAAUGUAAGGAAUAAGGGUUUCAUGGUUCAUUUUUUAUCUAAACAAAAACCAAAUCAACUAUGCGAAUUUACUAAAAUGCAUACCUAAUAAUCAUUUAUUUUUGUUAUGGUUUUGUCCGUUUUAUGGGAUUCUUCUUCUUGCAUGAAAUUUAUUUCAUUCAGUCUACAAGAGCGAAGGACACAAUUUCUUAUAUGCAGCUAUUUGUUUAACAAGAAUCAAACAAAUUGAUUAACUUAAUAUACUUUGGAAGAUCUAUAUGGAUAAAUUUCACUGUGAGAUGAACAAUUAUUACAACAUCAACAACAUUCCUAGUAUCUAGUGUAGUCUCACAAAGAGGGGAGAUAAACAUUUUUUCACUUGCCUAGAUCGAAAACAACCUUACAUCAAUAUAUGCUGUUGAACUUAGCUAACCUUAGGGAUUAAAACACUAAAUUAAUUGCUCUUAAAUAACUUAAAUAUUGAAUAAUACAAAACUCAGGCAAGUAUCAUGGAUAUGUUUAUUAAAUUGUGGC